AUGAAUAUAAAUAGUGAAGGCGCAGAACAAACAAAAGUACGUAUGAGAGAAAAGAAAGUACCAUCCGCAAUGACAUCAACGAUAAAUGCAAAAGAUACAAAUUCUUCUUUUUCUAAUACAACAUCUAAUGGAAAUAUGUCAUCUUCAAUACCAAUAACAACAAAUUCAACAUCAUCAACACAAUCGACAACGGGAACACUUGAAAAUGCAUUUUUUUUGGGUUUAACAAUUGAUGAUGCUCUAAAUUCAACAGAAAAUCUCAAUGAAUUAUUUUAUAAUGCAUGUAAAUACAAUCAUAUUGAUUUAGUGAAGAGAUGUGUCGAAGAUAAACAUGUAAAUGUAAAUGAACCGUAUAAUAACGAUUAUCCAUUGUGUAUAGCUAGUCAUAAGGGUCAUUAUGAUAUUGUAAAAUAUUUAUUAGAACAUAAUACCAAUGUUCAUAUAAAACGUGAAUUAAAUUUAAUCACAACACGUGGUAAUCAUCGUUUAUCUCGAACGAAUUUAUAUUAUGGUGAUAGUCCAUUAUCAUUAGCCGUUAAAUAUGGUUUUGAAGAUAUUGCCAUUUUAUUAGUUGAUUAUGGUAGUGAAGUAUUAAAUGAAAAUAAUGAAUUUGAAAAAUCACCAAUACAAGAUGCUAUACGUUUAAAUCGUAAUAAAAUAUUAAAUAAAUUUAUUGAAAAUUUAAAAUUAAAUAAACCAUCACAAUCAAAUGAAAAUAUGUUAUUACAAAAGAAAGGUGAUAUUUUACGACAAUGUUUAAUUAAUGAUCAAAUUGAUGCAUUAAAAAUAUUUGUACCAAAUGUUUGGGAAGAAUUAAAUGCUGAUUUUAUAUUUGCCGUAUUAAAUAAUUUAAUGUUAAAAAAUAAAAUACAAUCAGAUAAAUCAUUUGAUGUUUUAGAAGCAAUUUUAGAAGCAAUACCAGCAGCAAAAUUAAAAAUGUAUGAUAUUGGUGAUUUAUUAAAACGUUUUUUACAUGUAUUACAAGCACAAUUUUUAACAAUUAGUGAUGAUAGAAUACAAAUACUUUAUUUAAGAACAUCAUUAUUAUUUAUUAUUCUAAAAUAUCAUGAUACUUUUGAUUUUUCACAAUAUUUAGAUUUAUUAGACUCUUAUUUUCGUGCAAUAUACACAAGCGAAGGUAUAAAUCAAAUAUAUGAAUAUAUUAUACGUUUUUAUGAAAAUUUAAUUCUAAUGGGUCAUCUUGUAUUAACAGAUAAUAAUGUUAUUUUAAAAUUACUUGAAUGUCAACAUGUUACACAAAUGCAACCAAUUGAUAUGUAUUUAACUUGGCGUGCAAGAAAUCCAUUUUUAUUAAAAGAAAAAUGUCGAUUAAUAAUUAAAAAUAAUAUGAUAUCUUAUAAACGUUCAAUAAUAGAAAAAUUAAAUUUAAAUGAAGAAACAUUUUUUUAUAUGUAUUAUCAACGAUAG